AUGAGCAGGCGACAAGUAUUUGGAGGCGCCCUGCGUGCCAGGCAGGAGCAGAAAGAAGCGGAGCAACCGACGAGCGAUGCUCAGUCGGAGCGACCUUCUAUGGGCUUCUUGGCGACGCUAUCCGCGGAGCAGGAGCGCCAGCAAGUUCGAGAAGAGCUGAAACAGAUGCCUCUGCUAUCGCCGUGGACAAGCUACACCGCAUACGAGCCUUCGUUUACUGAUGAGCUCAAUCGGGAGCUGGCCCAACGUGUUCGGGCCAUUGUGCUGGAUAAGCUAGCAGCUCUACAAGAACGGCUGCAAAAACUCCAAGCGAAACGCGAAAACUCGGGCGUCCUACCAAUCUCCACGCUUGAUACGUUGCUGCAAAGCCGUCUGAUUGUUGAGGCCAAACGCAAAGUGGUCCCAGCACAAAUCGCCGAAAACACCAUAGCAGCAAUGCGAGCUGCUAGCUUGCACGUGACACUACAGAAGGAGACUCCUCUUUCGACUGCCUCGAGUGUAAGUAAACGCCGUGAGCAUCGCUCGAACUCUGUGUUUGCCCCCAGCACAAGCAACAGCAUCCCCCGCAACUCGCGGGUCAAGCCAAGCAGCGUUAUCUCACCUCGAACCCGCGCUGUUGUCGACGAGAUGGACUUAUCCCGCAGACAACACCACGGCGAUAACAGUUCAUCUCAAACUCUGUUGUGCGUUCAAUUCCCAAACUACAGCGAAGUUGCAGCGGCGAUGGACAACAAUGCGACCAACUUGGAGAACGACGAAGAGCAGCAGGUCACGCACUUUCGAUCUCGCCCUGUGGCACCGUCAGCAGUGGAGGACGCAGCCAUUGUUGCCACAAAGCGCGAGCCUCAUGAGCCACGAGUACGUUAUAUCAUGUCCACUCGGCUCGGAGCACUUCCACCCACGAAGGGCAUCUUGGACGAGUACCCAAUCCCGAAAGAAGUGCUGGAUGCGCUGGAGCGCCAUCGACACUUUCACGUCGAUGAGUCUUCUCCUUUGACUGCGUUCGAGCCCAUACGACUCCCCCCUCCGGCCCCAGCAGAGCUAAGCGACAAGACCCAGCCUCGUAACGCUGCAGUAAAUGCCGAAUGGGAGUGCUUCUACAGGCGUUCGGUUCCGCUUGAGCGCUCUCCAGUGUCCUUCGUGUUGGCAUCAUUGGCCGUGGCUCCCGAGAAGCCUCUCCCUGCUCCCAGCGACCUCUUCCACCAGCAGAAACUCGUCGCUGCAGCGUCUGACGAGACCAUUCUGCUGAACGAAGUGCGUCAACUGUUUGACAGCACCCACGACGCGCACCAAGACUUCCGAGCAGAGCUCCAUCGCCACCUCGAUCUCCAGUAUCUCGUGGACUUAUCGUUCCGUAGCUCGCUCACGUCGGCGAGUUACUUCGUCGACGAUGAAGACGACAGCGAGGAACCAGGAGGAGGCAAUGUUCAACCGAGCGUGCAGAUCCCGUCUCACUUGCGUCGCCAACGCAUCAUCAGUACUGCCGAGAGCGACGCAGCUGGAGCUUCGGCCAAGUGGAAGUUCCUGCUGAACGGGGUGCACCGAAUGGCAAACCGGCGUGGAGCGAUUUCUGUUGUAGCCAAGAGCGAAGCCGCGAUGCGGGCUCAACGCAAUGAUCUCCUGGCUCAGCUGUGCACGCUCACGCCGCAAGACGUCGAGUUCCUCACCUUGUGGUACGGCUACAGUCCCGAUGCCGAAGCCGAAGCGAUCGCCACUGCCGACACUGACGAUGGCGAAGGCGGAGUCGUGCGCUUGGACCCCGUGCCCAUGAGUCCGUACUGGAGCACGCGCUUCGAGCUCGCGUGGAAGCAAUUGGCGCUGUCCACAACCGAGCGCCUGGAUCUGGCCAUCAAGUACUCGUCGCUGGGCUAUUCAACUCGACUGCCGGACGCUGUAACACUCUGGGAGACGGCAGGAGCGCUCGUCACGGAGCACGAAGACUUGCUGCGUCUGAUGCGCUCGACCCUCACAGGACCGAGAAGACACGCCACCGCCAGCCUCUCAGAGGAUACAGCAAUGCUCCAGGCUCUGAUCGCCAGUGCAGCUCACGUCCGAGAGAUUCUUCUGCUCGCAUACGUCGAAGUUGGAGAUUUCAUCACGUUCCAAGGCAACUUCUACUUGGCCAGGAUGGAGCGCGACGCGACCGAGAUCCGACGACUAAUGGAGGAGAACGCUGAGCUCAAAUCCAACCAGGUGCAACCUCCCACAGCGACAAAAUGA